GGCCGAGGCCGCAUGGCCCGGGAGCGGGGCCGGGCGCGGGCCGGAGGCGGCGGGGGCCGGCGGGGGCCCCGGCCCCGGGGAGGGGCGGGGCGGGGCCCGGGCCGGGCGGGCUGGGACGGCUCCUCCGGGCGCGGGGCGCGGGCCGGGCGCGGGGCCUUCCUCCGCGCGGGGCCGGGCCGGGCCGGGCUGGGCUGGGCUGGGCUGGGCGGCGAAAGCCGCGGCCCGGCCUGGAUCCGGGGCCGCCGCGGAGUCGGCGGCGCGGGGCGGGGCGGCCCCGACUUAAAGGGGCCGCAGCACCCGCCGCUGCCGCCAGCACUCCGAGGAGGCGGGGCGCUCGAGUCCGGCUCAGAGUGUGAGUGCCCUUUUGUGUCGGGAUCCCAUGUCGGCCUUCAGCCCGCACUGCCUCCUGUACACUUCCUGGGACAGGUGGCCUCUCCUUCCAUCCUUCACCGGGCUUCUUCACCUGUGGCCCCAGGAUCCAGAGUUGGGGAGCUCCAGGAGCUGAGAUGAGAAAAAAUAUAUAUCCAACUUUAUUUUCACUAACUGCCGGAAACAAAUCAGUUUCACUAAAAGAGAGAUGUUGACAGGAAGCCAGGAAGGCUGGUCAGCAACCUUAAUUGCUCUAACCACUCACCCUUUAGUUGAGACAUUGUUAACUGAAGCAGCCUCCACCUUUGUUUUUCCAUGUAAGUUUCUGUUUAUCCUGGCUAAGAUGUUUUCCCCAAAGCCUCAAUAAAAGGGAUGGCAGGGCCAGAGCAGGGAGUAGUUCUCCCGCUAGAGGUGGACUACCGCCUGGCCCCCCAUUUCGCCAAAUUGAA